CCAGUCCCCAGCGGCCGCCUCCGCCGCGCCGCGCCGCGCCGGGAGAGCUGGCAAGUUCCUGCGGUGCGCGCCCAGCCUCGCCAGCGCGGCCGGAGCCCGGGUCUUUCCGGCAGGUCCGUGCAUUAAGUGCCUUUGUGAAAUCGCUCAUACAAGAGACAACCGUACUCCUUGCAAGACUCUGCCUGCCGACUAGCUAUCGCUCUUAUCUUACAUGUCAUGUGCAGCAGUUUCCCAGCCGCUUGAUGUGGAACGGACAACAGCAUUUACAGAGCUUGAAGAAAAUACUACAUCGGACGUGAAACCGAUUGAACGCAUAGUGCCCCGUAUGUAAUCAAUGCCAACAAAACGGACACACGGCUAAAAUGUUAUCCCGGAGGGUCACUGCCUGAAAGCAGACUUUCUUAGCAGAACCGUGGCAACAAAGCAGUCAAGGAGCCAAUAUUUAUUUUACAGCCAGAAAUGCUACUGAGCAUGAAUAUUUUGCAGCCCGAAGUCUACAGGUGGUACAUAUUGAUUGAUGAAAAAUAGCUGCUCAUUCCACUUAGUGUGCACUUGUCACUCUUAAGCACUUCUUAUAUUAUUGCUGCGAGGAGUUACUUGCCUUGAAAGGGUAUUCGUCUUGUUGGAAUUCAUAACUGGAGGUGGUUUAAUUUAUAAUCACUCAGCUCUCGAGAGCUAACUCGUUUUCGCAUCAUGGCUUUGAAUGUUGCUCCUGUAAGAGACACAAAAUGGCUGACUCUAGAAGUGUGCAGGCAGUUUCAGAGAGGAACUUGUUCACGCUCGGAUGAGGAAUGCAAAUUUGCACAUCCACCCAAAAGCUGCCAGGUUGAAAAUGGGAGAGUUAUUGCCUGCUUUGAUUCUCUAAAGGGCCGUUGCACAAGGGAGAACUGCAAAUAUCUUCAUCCACCAACACAUUUGAAAACUCAGCUAGAAAUUAAUGGUAGGAACAACCUGAUCCAACAGAAAACCGCAGCAGCGAUGCUUGCACAGCAAAUGCAAUUUAUGUUCCCAGGAACACCCCUUCAGCCAAUGCCCUCAUUUCCUGUAGGGCCAACAAUAGGAUCCAACACAGCACUAAGCUUUGCACCAUAUUUAACACCUGUCACUCCUGGUGUGGGAUUAGUUCCUACUGAAAUUGUUCCCACACCACCAGUCAUUGUUCCAGGAAGUCCCCCUGUCACAGUACCUGGGUCAACUCCAACGCAGAAGCUCCUCAGGACAGAUAAACUGGAGGUUUGCAGGGAGUUCCAGCGAGGAAACUGUGCACGGGGCGAAACCGACUGCCGCUUUGCACAUCCCGCAGACAGCACAAUGAUUGACACAAAUGACAACACCGUGACUGUUUGCAUGGAUUACAUAAAAGGGCGCUGCAUGAGGGAGAAAUGCAAAUAUUUUCACCCUCCUGCUCACUUGCAGGCCAAAAUCAAAGCUGCUCAGCACCAGGCCAACCAGGCUGCAAUGGCAGCUCAGGCAGCCGCUGCAGCUGCUACGGUGAUGACUCAGUCGACUGCCAAAGCAAUGAAGCGACCUCUCGAAGCAACUGUAGACCUGGCCUUUCCUCCUGGUGUACUUCAUCCUUUACCAAAGAGACAAGCACUUGAGAAAAGCAAUGGUGCCAGUCCUGUUUUUAAUCCCGGUUUCUUGCACUACCAACAGGCUCUUGCUAGUGCGCAGCUGCAACAGCAUGCGACAUUCAUUCCAACAGGGUCAGUUUUGUGCAUGACACCCGCUACCAGUAUUGUACCCAUGAUGCACAGCGCUACGUCCGCCACUGUCUCUGCAGCAGCAACUCCUGCAGCAAGCGUCCCCUUCGCCGCAACAGCCACAGCCAAUCAGAUAGUCCUGAAAUAGACAACAAGAAUGGAAUGGAAUGUCAACAGACCUCGCUGAGAACAGCAAAGCAUUGUUAUUGUACAUACUACCCUGUCUCUUCCUCGAUAGAAUUGCCACAAACUGCAUGCUGAGUAAAGAGUUUGUUCGUCUGGACAAAUCACAAAACACUAAAGAGCUAGUGCUGCUAUAUCAUAUAGGAAUAUUAAAUAUGGUAUGCUUAGUAUAUUCCAAACUAAUCUAGUUAACUACCUGAUGCCAGCUGUGAUGGUUCAAGACAUAAAAGGGUAACAUUUUACUUUUCAAAGUUUUAUACAACACCGUUUACUUCUUAGGGAUAUUGUCUUACCACCAUAAUUAUAGCUAAUGUAAGUAGUCCUAUUCAUAUAUUAUCGUAGGGUUCACAACUUUAUGGAUUUUUCAAUGUUAGCAAUAAAUGAUUUACAUUGGCCACUAAGCCCAGGAUCCAGAGGACCACAGAAUGAGUUCCACGUGGGCAGGAUCACCUGGCGGUGUGCAUUUCCCACCCAGCAUCCCCUCCUCCUUUGCAUGGCAGACUGCUUUUGAAAUUGUGACAAUUCCAAAAGCGGGUUAUGAUUCAACACAAGAGUCUUCUGCUCAGAGGAAGGUGAGAGCAGGCAGGGGAGCGAAAAACCACACCAGGCGCACGCAAGCUCUUGAGUGUACCGUAGUAGCUCUUCGGAUCUUGGCCAAGAUAUACCAACAGCAGAUUUACCUUUUAACCCUUUGACAAUUUUGUACUCUCUUGAGAAGCUCACUUCUCUGCUGGGCAGUUGAUGCCAAGGCAAAAGAAGUGAUGUGGAAGUGCAGCUGUGUUCCAGCCAGUCACCACCCAAAUGUCCCAAACGGAGGAUCCAAGGUAAAGCACAAGUUGUGGAGACGCACAUGAGCUCGUUUUGGAUACGUAUUGAGAAUUGAUACUGGAAUCAUGGCAUUCUAGAACUAAAUUAAAUCUUUGCACGGUAUGAUUUUCAUACCCCUAACAAAGUCUUGACUAUGUUAUUUUACAAAGAGAGAAUAUUUUUUAAGAAGCCUUUGCAGAAGUGCCUAAAUUUUGCCACAGUAGACUUGAAACUAAGUAGUACUGUGGUCUGUAAUUGAAUCUACACCAAGCGAUUAAGCUUUCACAUUUACAAUCAGGUUACCAAAAAGAACUUGUUAUGAAAUAACUUCUUCCCAAUUAAAGAAAUGGGACUAUAUGUGAAAUGAUUAGCAUGAUAUUCUAAUUUAAUUCAAACUGAAUGCAGUCAUUGUUAAAAUUGAUAAGUGACUUUAAUCUAGAUGAUUAGGAAAAUACUGAACAGGAUGUAGAGAGAGCUUCAUUUUAAUCCAUUGUUACUGUUACCAUAUUUUUAAAAUCAGGUUAAAGAAGUUGUAACCGGAUUACAGCACAGAGAAAGAAACUAGUUCUUUUAAACUUUUUCUUUAAAAGCUUAUUUUAUGUCACAGAAAUAUGAAGAUAUCUUUAAUACAGCUAUAUACAUAUUAUAUAUACACAUACAUAUAUAUGGACAAAACAGAUUUUAAUGUUUACUUUUUUAAAUACUGUGUUGAUUUACAAGGUAAUUAUAUACAUUUGAUUAAUGUAGGAGGUUGCUUUUUAAGAUUUGUUUCCUCCACUGUUGUACCAAAUAUGUCACAUUUCACAUUUUAUAUGUUGCACAUAUAUCACAUAAGUACAUAGUUUUUAAAUUAUUGUUUAUAAAACAAAAAACAGCUGUCCUAUGGAAAUAUGUAUAAUUGUUUAAAACAUCUGUUUUCUUCAUGCAAACAUUAUGAAUGAUUGCAGUAUUUUAACUUAGCCUUUUCAGAUUAAUUCUAAGCUUUUUAGCUUUGGCAGCACCGCCUAUCCUCAGACAAGAAGCACUAAUUGAUUUUUGCUAAUGAAAUUUUUUUUCAGUGUUAAUCUUGUUUUUAAAAAGUCUGAUAUCUGAUUAUAGUAAAACAGUAACUCUGAUCACCUAAUGGGGAGAAAAAACCCAAAACUGAUGGUAAGCAUACUAUAGUGUUUGUAAUCUUGCAUCUGUCUUAAUUUGUGAGGAAGAUACAUUUUAUUUUAAUUUAAUUUAAUUUUUACUUGUACAUUUUCUCAGUUGUUAAACUAGAUUGCUGACUUGGCCAUUUACCUACAUCUGUAGUUGUUGGUUUUGUUUUGUUUUGUUUUUUUUAACAAUAAUCCAUUUAAACAUUUGGUAGUUUAUUGAACAAAACUAAAUGACAAUUUAUAUAUGUUGUUUAAAUAUUUAAACUGUAGAAGAAACAUUUUAGUGAACAUGGUAUGUUUAACCAACUAUUUUCUUAGAACCACUCCUAUAUUGUUUUCUAUCCACUAAGGAUCACACUUUCAGUACUAAUACAAAUUUUCUUCCUGAACAAAAAGAGAGAACCUAUUUUUAAAAAAAGAAUAAUUCCACUGUAUUGGUAUGGAAGUUUGUUCUGUUUUUACAUUAAAUAUAUAUAUAUAUAUAUAUCAACUUUAAAUAAUUUAUUUCCAAAUAGUUGGGUUGGUCUUAAUGGAGUUAUGCUGGAAUAAGUUUUAUCAGUGUCUAAAUGCAUGAGUCAUAGAGGUUGUAUAGCUGGAAAAAAACAGUAGCCACCCACAUAAUCCACUUUGGGAUAUAGAUGCACCCCAAAAACCCUGUCUGGGUUUGUAGAUAAUGCUAGCUCACGGUAGUGCUGUUGAAUUUGGAGUUUUGUGUUCUAUAAAUCCAUCUGCACUAACCAUACUUUGUUAACCACAAACAACCUAGGAAAGAACCAAGGGUUAGUUCUUCGAUGAUGUACUCCGGGUUGUUGUUAUGUGUGCAGCCAGAACCAAAGGUGAUUCUUGGGUUGUUUUAUUACAGAAGCAGCAGGCAAGAAUGGCCCAAAAGCUCCGUUCCCUGUGUGUCACAAAGGCAUUUGUGAUAUGCCAGAGGGAGGGAGGAGGCAGGGCAGGAAAACAAGAAACCCUUGAAACAAACUGCUGUUUGAUCGUCUGCUAGGAAAGUCCCUGGAUAGGGCAGGAAGCCAUGGGGCAUUCAGGGUGAAAUAAUGUGUACGUUGGCUUUAUGUGGAAACCAGACCACCUCUGUCCACUCGUUCCCUCCACAUCUCAUUGGCCACUUUAUUCUUCAUCUGCUUCCCUCUGCGUUUCACUUGCCAUCCGAUUCCUGUCCACUGAAGCUCUACACAGGCCUUUGCCUGAGCAGGCGCGAUUUGCGUUUGCAACGUCUUUGCAAGCAUGUUCGGCCACUGCUCAGAUCUUCGCACUCCAUGCGCAGAGGUCUUUGAGUAGCAGCUGGGGGAGCAUCCGUGGGUGGUGCAUGUACAUGUCCUGUCUUCGCUUCAACAGUAUUAGAGUUGCCUGUGAGCACCAGCAGAAGGCUUUUGUGGUCCUCCAUUCCAGCCCCACCGCAAUGUUCUUCCCCAGUGAGCGACUCACCUCGCAACCCUUGGGCACCUGAGCCAAUGAUACAGCUUCAUCUCACCUGCUUGCCUCACCUUGAUGUUCUGGUUUCACUUGUUAGCCUGUACCACAAAUCGGACCCUGUGUUCAGGUUUUAUCUGCUUAUCUGAAAAAUCUGCAAAUCCCCAGCCUAGCUCUAGCUUGCCCCUGUAAAGGCAGCCCAGCCCUGUCAUUUCAGCCACAUUCUGUAGGAUAAGAGGACUUCCUCAUUCACAGAGAUUGAGAUCUCCAACAAGGCAAAGUCAUUUUUCUAGGCCUGGUUCCCUCCUGCUUCUACUUGGCUGCAGUUCAUUUAGUCUCUGUGCCUCUUGCUUUAAAUCCAAAUUGAUUAAACUAGCAUAAAUAUAAAAUAUUAACAACAUACUUUUUAUUUAUUUAUUAUAGAGUAAUUUUGUAGAAUACAUUGAAUUUGGGAAGAUUUGAAACUAUUUUUUGGUAUAAAUAUUAUUUGCCAAAACUUCAUUUAUAUUUUGGAAAAGAAUGUCUAAUAAUGGUAAUGGACCUUGUGUUGGUUUUAUUUUUAAAUAACUCCCUUGAAAUUACCAUAAAAUGAGCCAAUAUAGUCAGGCAGUACAGAAGCUCAGACAUGAUUUCAAGUUACUUGAGAUGUCUCUCUAUUUUCUGUAAAAGCACCUCACCGAAAUACCUUAAUUUGCCCAUCCAAAACAAUCAGUGGCAACAUUCACAUCGCAUACUUUUUCAGUAACAGUUAAAUAAACCCCUUAUAUUAUUCCAUGUACUGUAACUAUUUAGCAGCCUGUUUAAAUACCCAUUUAUGAAUUUGUUGAGAUAUUAUUUAAUUACCCAAUGUGGAACUAUGGAAAUAAAAAGGAGCAUUUUAAAAUUAA